CCACAUUGUUGUUGCAUAGAGAGAGGAAGAGGUAAAAACAGAGGACACAUAGCAUAAACGCACCAAGCGAGAAGAGGAGAGGGAUAGAGGGAGAGAGAGAGAGAGGGGGGGAGGAGAGCUAAAACGAGAGGCUCUGAGAGGAGAAGGGCGACACACCUCUAGAUUCUGAUCCCUUCGUCUCCACCUUUCCCUCCUCUUAAACCCUAAUACGAGUCCUCUGCGUCGUCGUGAAGGGGUCGGGGAAGCGUAGGAGACGGUAAAGUCGCCGCCUUUGUCGAGAAUGGCGAGCUGGGUCAUCUCCGAAUGCUGUGGCCUGCGCCCUCUCCCGACCAUUCAUUCGCGCGCGCCCGGUUCGCGGCUCCCGUCGCCUGUUCGCUUAAAAGCCCCAAAGAGGAGCCUUGGCCCCUCCCCGGCCCUCGGCAGCGCCGCGCCGCGCCGCGCCAUGCGCGCCGGCGCGGGGCCGAUCCACCGGGACUGGGCGCUCCGCGUGAGCGCGCCGCUGAGGGUGGUCCCCUUCGAGGAGGAGAGGGAGGAGAGCGCGAGCAGGGUCGGCGGGAGCGCCGGGGACGAGGAGGGGUUCGAUCCGGGGGCCCCGCCCCCGUUCGGGCUCGCCGAGAUCCGCGCGGCGAUACCGAAGCGCUGCUGGGUGAAGGACCCGUGGCGCUCGAUGAGCUACGUGGUCAGGGACGUCGCCGUGGUGAUCGGGCUCGCCGCCGCCGCCGCCUACAUCAAUAGCUGGAUCGUGUGGCCGCUCUAUUGGGUCGCGCAGGGGACGAUGUUUUGGGCCCUCUUCGUUCUCGGGCACGAUUGUGGGCAUGGAAGCUUCUCGAGCAAUCCGAAGCUGAAUAGCGUGGUGGGGCAUUUGCUCCAUUCCUCCAUUCUCGUGCCUUAUCAUGGGUGGAGGAUAAGCCACAGGACGCAUCACCAGAAUCAUGGACACGUAGAGAACGACGAAUCGUGGCACCCACUACCAGAGAAGUUGUAUAGGAGUUUGGAUAAUGUGACGCGGAAACUUCGCUUCACCAUGCCUUUCCCUAUGCUUGCUUUCCCUAUCUACCUGUGGGGAAGGAGUCCGGGGAAGAAAGGUUCGCACUUCCACGCAAGUAGUGAUUUGUUCCUUCCGAACGAGAAGAAGGAUGUGAUGACGUCCACGGUUUGCUGGACGGCGAUGGCGGCGGUGCUUGCAGGUUUAACUUGGAUUAUGGGGCCUCUUCAGAUGCUUAAGCUCUAUUUCGUCCCAUAUUUGAUUUUUGUGGCGUGGUUGGAUCUUGUGACCUACCUGCAUCAUCAUGGACACGAACAGAAGCUUCCAUGGUAUCGUGGAAAGGAAUGGAGUUAUCUACGUGGAGGAUUGACAACACUCGAUCGCGAUUAUGGAUUGAUCAACAACAUCCACCAUGAUAUCGGAACUCAUGUGAUUCACCACCUCUUUCCACAAAUACCGCAUUACCACCUAGUGGAAGCAACCAAGGCAGCAAAACCAGUGCUUGGCAAGUACUAUAGAGAGCCGGAGAAGUCCGGACCUUUUCCACUCCACCUAUUCGGGGUUUUGGCGAGAAGCUUGAACGUCGAUCACUAUGUUAGCGACACAGGAGAUGUGGUUUACUACCAGACUGAUACUCUCCAAAAAUAAGUUUCAAUUAAUACACGUCAUUCAUUCAGUUGCACGCAAGGCCGUUGAUCUUAUAACUAAUCCAACCUCGUUCAAUUACACGAAGCCAGAUUUUGAUUCGCGCGGCUUGUUACCGUGGUAGUCAUUCUUUCCUCUUCCACUCAAUUUGGAAGAGAGACCUCAUUUAUUCUGGUUGUUGUGCGAGAAGUUGAGAUGCAAAUAUGCCCUACUUAGAGAUUAGUUUUGGUUGUAUAAAUAUGAAGCACACAACCUGUAAUUCGUUUUGCUUGGUAAGGGGAUAAUAUUUAGUAUAAGACUUGUAAUUUUUUUUCAUUAAUUAAUAAAUUUAGAGAAUAAAAAAGUGAACAUUGUACUUUUGAA